GGAAAAUUCUUCGUUUGAUUUUCCGCCAUCUUGGAUUCUUCAGAACAUACAAUGCAGUCUGGGAAGAGAAUAAAAUAUUAGUACCCAGUCUUUUCGCAUUUCAUGCGCGUGUAAUGUCUGCCCAACAUAAACAUGGCGAACUUUGAACAACUUUUCAUGGAUUGAGAAAGCCUUUGUUUGGAGAAAAAUCCAGACGAUCCAUUGGAGAAUGAUGGAGGCAUUUAUUAUUGAUCCAGCUAGACUAAUAACUGACAUAGUGGGUUGCAUAUCAGAAUUAAGAAAUGUACACCAGUCAUCACAACUACCUGUGACUGAUGAUGAGACAAUUCUUCAUAAGUUUUGUGUCAAGCUUGAAACAGUUCUAAGACACGAACAGAAGGAUAAGUACUCUCUUCUUGGAGUUAGAAAGGAUUACUGGAAUUUUAUUAGUGAAUGCAUUCCUAAAGAUGAUGGGGUACGACUUGUUCAUGCCAUCCCGCAGGUCAAGACACCUCAGGGCAAAGGACGAGCUUUUAUUCGAUACUCUCUGACAAAAAAGUCAUUGGCUGAUGCAAUUCAAAGGUGCUUGGUUAAACGAAAACAACUGAGUGCAUACUUUGGCCCUGAGGCAAUUCUCUGCCACCCAUCUUUGUCAACUGCUCUGGUUAACAAGUUGUAUGACUUGAAUGAUCUUGAGUUUGAUCUUCCUGUUGCUGGACAUGAGCUCGAUAUUUCAUGGCCAGCUUUCACAAGGAGACCCUUAGGAGAUCGUCAAGGCUCAGUGUCUGGUCGAAGAAGCAGUAUAAGCAGUGUAACUAGUGUCGAUUUAAGGAAUGAGAGGCCCGAUCCUCUGAUUGGUCUAGCAUCAGAAAUCACCGCAUUAACAACAAUUUUAGGGGAUGAAAAUUCUCUUGGAAAGACAGAGCGAAGUGAAGCUGGUUUCGAUAAUGUCAGCAUUGGCGAUUCAGCGGUCGAUACCCCCAACAUUACUGAUAUGACGUUGGAAAUUUCUCAUCUUCACCAACGGAUUCUAAAAUGGAAGGGUGAUCUGGAAUCUCAGUUGUCUAAAGCUUGUCAUGAUGCGAAGAAAGCGCACGACGAACGAAUAUUUGCUAACCAAGAACACGAGCUUAAAGUCAAACAACUGAACGAACGAUACACCAAUUUGACGAAAGGUGUGUCGGAAGAGAUGAACACUAAAUUCAAAGAAUUGUCUGGGAAGUUAACAACAGCUGAAAGGGCCCUGAGUGAAAGAGAAGCCGAAAUUGAAAAGCUUAAAGAUGAAGUGAAGGUGUCUGUGAGUGCGUCUCACGAAGCACAAAGAUCCGCGAUAGAACUUGAAAGGAAGAUCACGGGUUCUGAGAGAAAAAAUAGCGAACUGUCUUACGAAUGCGAGCAAUUAAAAGAGCGAUUUAAACGGAAGGAUGAGAUGGCUAGUGAGCUGGAAGCAAAACUUUCGGAACUUAGAGAAAAAUGUAACAAACUUGAACUAUCCGAAGCGGAAUCGAACAAGAGAAUCGCGGAGCUACAAGGAGAAAUAAAAGCUAAAGAGGUCGUGUUAGAGAGAGUUCAAGAAUCGUAUGAAAAGCUAAACGGGAUGGUGUUUGGGUCCUUUGAAGAACUAGAAUCCGAGCUGAAAAGUAGGUUAGUGGAUAGAGAGAGAGGAUUACAAAAUCAAAGCGCUGAGAACAGACGUCUGGAGACAAGCAUUGUGGAAAUCAAGCAACAAAAUAGAGACCUUAGUAAUAAACUUGAGGAAGCUAAUGCAAAAAUCGCCGACCUGGAAAACGCCAGCAUUGAGACUGACACUGUUAUUCGAGAUUUGAAAAAUCAGCUGAACUCUGCAGAACAGAACCAAGACACGUUUAUGUUGGAAUUAAAAGAUACUCUUCAGCCAGUGGAAGGUGUGGAUGUCCCGGAUGGUAACCAUGUGAUGAAGGAUUUUAGAAAAAUGAUUUUAAAGCAAGCCAAGAAUCUUGUAGCUGAAAUGUCCAUCCUCCAUCGUCAGUUGGACGAGAGAAGUACGCAGAAGGAAAAACUAGAGGAGCAUGUGGCUGAGCUGCAGGAUAACAUUGAAAAGAAGAAGAAACAAAUCAUAGAUUUACACGAAGAAGUGGACACCUCUCGCAGGAGAAUUACGUUUAUUGAUGAAGAAAAAGACAUCCUUGAAAAGGAAAAACUUAAGGCAGAUAACAGACUGGCAGAGCUGGAGGAGUCCGAGGAGACUCUGCAGUCCAAUAUCUCUUUCCUUGCAGAAGAAAAAUGCAAAGUCCUCGAUGAAUUGACACAACUGAAGGGAAUUAGAGAAGAAGAGGAAAAACUCAGAUCGGAGGCGCAUGACGAACUCGAGUCCCUGAAAGCCCAGCUUGGAGACACGGCGCAGUCCAAACAGAAGCUAGAAAACGAACUGGCAACUAUCACAGACUCUCUUCAAACUAUGGAUGCCGAGAAGAAAGAUCUGGAUGGCCAACUGAGAUCGCUGGAAGAGAAAAUGUCUUCUGUACACGACGAGAGAAUCGGCCUUGAGCACGAGUUAGAUGUUGCCAAGGAACAAUUGGAGGCAGCCAAUGAGGCGAGAAUUCGAGCUGAGCAGAGUCAGGUCAGGUCGCAGGAGCAACUGGAGAGCCUGCAGUGCAUGAUGGAUCAGGAGAUCGCAGCGCUUAAAUUUCAACUCAGCUCGGAGACUAUGAAGUAUGAAACAGAGCUUAAGACUUUGUCGCAACAAAUCCAAGAGUAUAACGGCGUGAAAGAACGUUUAUCAGAACAGGGCGAAAUGAUCACAGACCUGGAGAACCGCUUAAAAGAACGAAAUGAUACCCUGCAACACGACAAGCAUAAAUACGUGACGGAAAUAAAACAUCUACGAAGCGAGGUGCAACAAUAUAAAAAUGGAUUUGACGAAAACAAGCUUAGAAUGCGCGCAUUGGAAAAUGAGCUUCUCCUGGCUGCCAAACAGUUAGAGGAGGAACGCUCCAGACAAAGAGAACUGAAGAAAAAGGUGGAAGAAUACGAAGAAGAAAAAGGUGUACACAGUCUUCGAUACGAAAAAAAGAUUUCCCAGUUCAAAGAAGACAUGGAUGAGUUGAAAAAAAGGCUGGUAGAAUUAACAAGAGAAAAAGCGGAGUUAUGGAAGAAAGCGGAUGACAUGGAGCACGAGAUCAAGGUGAAAGCGGACGACAGAUGGAUGGACGAUAGUGAAGUUUCUCACUGCCUCAGUUGUAAAGCUGAGUUUUCGUUCCUCUUGAGAAAGCAUCAUUGUAGAGUGUGUGGUCGUAUUUUUUGUCACAACUGCUCCAACAAUUGGGUUCAAACUCCUCACAGCAGAAAACUCCGUCGUGUUUGUGAAGAUUGUUCAAAAUCCGAUAAACGGCUUAAUGCUCAACUUGUGGGAAAACCUUCAGACGUGGACGACGAUCCGACAUCAGACGUCAGUGAUUUGCAGUCAAAUCGGAGGGAAAGCCUGCUGAGUUUCCAGGAUGACGAAGGGGGCCUGGGCGCUGAUGACGACCCUCAGCCUGGUCCCAGUACUUCUGGUGUAGUUCUCCCGGGUUGUCCCCAGUCCACCUCCACUCCUAAAAAAUCCGACAGAAAAGGAAGCAGCGAUAAAGAGCGCAGCCAAAGUGUGACAAGUGGUGAGAAUCACAAAUACACCACCUUGAAAAGUGCCAAGAAGUCCGCAGCCAAAGAAGCAGCCAAAAAAUCUGUGGAAGAAAAACCUGAGCCUGACCAUUCAUCAAAGGAGGAAGAAGAAGAAGAAGAAGAAUAUGAGUUUUUGGAGGAAGGAGACGAACAAGCGUUUGAACAGCCGCAAGCUCAAGUGGUUAUCUGUGAAAGUGACGUUAGAGAAGACUUGGCGGUACCAGCGUUGAACGAGGAGCCGGGACCGUUUUGGCACGUAACUGUACCCCCAGGAAAACGUCAUUUGAUUCCAGUACUGGUCGGAACUCAGGGAACGUCGCUAUCGUGGAAGUUUUCGACCGAAAAAAGGAGCAUACGCUUUGGAGUUGCCUUCAAACUCUCGGAGACAAAGAAGGACAGUGAGUGCGAGACCGUAGUGCCUUUAUCUCAGUGUAAUUCUCAGCAAAUUUCCAUCAAGGGUGAAAUAACAGACGUUUCUCCUGGAGUAUAUGUGCUUGUAUUCGAUAACACCUUCUCCAGAUUUACGUCCAAGCGUUUAUUUUGCAUGGUGCAAGUUGAACAAAAGGAUAAUGAACACGACUCUCUCACGUAGAAAAAGGAAACAGAUAUAAUGUAUUAUUAUAUUAGUGAUGAUGUUUUAAAUUCUUAGAUGUUUUAAUAGAACUAUUUCUAAACAAUUUUAGCGCCAUUUCUUUUAGCUAGUGAUGGAAAAAGUUGGUGUUUUUAGAAAAUGGAUUUUAGGAUAUCUCUUAAAGAGUAAACUUUUUAAAUGACCCAAGUUUUUACUACUAAUAAAAGCUGUAAGUUUUUAUUCUUAAUUUUAAAUCUAGCGUAAGUUAAACCCUUAAAAAAAUUCUUCAAUAUACUGUGGUAAUGAACAUUAUUACCACAGUACAUUGAAGAAAUGUUUUUUAAGGUUUAAGUUACCUUAAGUAAUAGUAAUAAUACUUUUUACAGCGGUAAUAUUAUAAGUCAAGUGAGAUAUAUUUGGCAAAAGAGCCUUACAUUCAAAAACUACUGAACUAAAAAACUUGAAAUGUGUCUGUCCAUACGCACAUUUGUUCAAGCUUUACGAUCUUCCUUAAAACACUAUGAUUCGGUUCAGAUACUGAUCUUUUCAUUUGUUGAAUAGAUAUUAAUCCAUUUUACCGUAUUUUGACGGUAGUCUCUUUUUUGCUUCAACAUGAAAGAAAACUUUUUUUUGAUUUUGGACGAUGUGAAUCCGACUUGUGCAAAGUUUAGUGCCUGAACCGGGCCAAGUCCUUUUU